UAGCCUAUGCCUUCUUCAGCUUUUGCCUGAAAGCAUUGAGUCACGCAUUAUUCUCCCAUGGGAACUCCCACAGAAUCACAGACCGUCAGUGCAGGCUGAAAGAUGGACACCGGUGAAAAACAAUAGAUUUUGGACAUCAGAUGUAGUAGUACAUCUCUUGAGCUUGGACUGGAAGUUCAUUCUUAACUGUUGACACAACAACCUCUCCACAAGGUCCAUUAGUAGAUGUUCUGGUACUUUCAUUCACAUCAGUCUUCCUCAAUAGAUGGAGUUUACGUUUUCACUUCUUCUUGUCCAUGUUGGCUUAAAAGUUGUGAUGGAAAUUCACUCUGGAAAAACAGCAAUUAAUCAAAAAUCUCACCACAAUCAGAAUAAUCUUUACAAAGAUAUACAGCUCAAACGAGUCUAAACAAAAAUAGUUAAAUUAAAUUGUGUAUACAAUGCUAGAAUACAUAUUGUAUGCAUACAAUAUAUUUUAGUCCUUUGGUAGUGCGCAGUGGAAAAAGAAGGAAACAGAAUCUACAUUUCAACAAUUGGGCAAACGCCAUCUGCUGAGGAAGGUCUUGUAAUAAUGAUUGACAGCUCCUUAACUGCGACUAAUGGUCUUCCUCAACUAACAUUUAUUCCAUCAUACUUUAUACAUGCAGGCAGCAAUCAUGUGCAGUAGUUUGGUUUAUACCGUUUAUAAGUAUGUUUUUACAUCUUAAUUUUCGCUAAAGAAACUUUACCCACACUAAUAAGACAUAUCUCACCCGAUUGGAUGAAAGUACGAGCCAUAGAAGAACCUCCGCCAAUCAGCGACAUUACUGUACAACGCCAGUAUCCAAUCAGAAGCUCAGACGUGAUAAGCGUAGCCCCGCCCACAGGCACCAGCCAGCAGUCUGGCCGAACCAACUGUCAUUUAGACUGAGUGGACAUGAUGGGGAAGACACUACGAGAGCAGGAAAACACGCAUUAAACGUCUCAAGAAGUAUUAAAAACAACUUUUAAAGUUACUUGUGUGAUGGUGUAAGCCUACAUCGACAUGUGUUAAGUAUAUUACAGAGCAGCAGCAACGUAUUUCUUUAUUGCAACCGGAGGGUUUUCGGAGGAUGUCAGCGCCCAGCAACUCGCUCCAGCAGCCGAGGGUGAGACGCAGCAACGCGGGCUCCCCAGGCUCCUUCAACAACAACAGCAGCAGCUGUCGUUUGCACCCCAUCCGAGCCACCGUGCCCUACCAGCUCCUGCGUGGCGGGGGUCCGGGCAGCCCGACACGUGCGCAGACCCAGCAGACCCUCUACGGUGGAGCCACCACGACGACGACCAGCAGCCGAGGAUCAACGAGCCCCCCAUCCAGUCCGUCACUCAGUUCAGGAAGUGCAACAAAUGCUAAGCAAAGACUGUCUCCGGAAAAUAAGGACUCCUCCUGUCCCCCAGACUCUCCAGUUUCCAGAGCAGAAAGGUCCAAGUUACAGGUCCGGAGCUCCAGUGCCAUCCGGCGGACAUCUUCCCUGGACGCCAUCACAGGACCGUACCUCACCGGCCAGUGGCCUCGGGACUCCCACGGACCUUACCCUUCCUGUAUGAAAGACAAAGCCACACAGACUCCAGGUCUCUGGAUUGAUGAGGGAGCAGAACUGGGAAGCCCUCACCAGCGGUCGGCCUCCUGGGGCAGCGCAGACCACCUCAAAGAGCAGAUUGCUAAACUGAGACUGCAGCUGCAGCGCAGCAAACAGGUCAGCCGGCAGAACAAAGACCGGGAGCACAGCUCACUGCAGCUGCAGGCGCCGCAAGGCACCGCAUGCCCACCGCAGUACAAGGGAACUUCAUCAGCUCUGUCAACAAUCCCGGUGCCAAAAUCCCUGAUAUGCAGGGUGCCGAGCAGUGUGGAGGGCAUCAGCCACGAGCUGGAAAAUGUGUUUAUCAGAGAGAACUGGGUGCAGGGAAUACAGGCCAUGGAUGUGGUGGAUGGCCGCCGCGCCCCCUUCCCUCCGCAUCACUACAGCAGCAGUGGGGACACGCGUGACACAGACACACAGGCCCCGUCGAGUGGUGACUCCAGCCCGUCGCCCCGCCCCUGCAGCUCUGACCAUGCCCACUCUCCUGAUGGAAGCCCGUGCUCUGCAGAGGAAAUUGACAAAGACGGUGUGUGCAGUUCUCCUCUCCCCAAGUUUGCCACGUCUCCCAAACCUAACAACAGCUACAUGUUCAAACGGGAACCUCCAGAGGGCUGUGAGAGGGUCAAAGUGUUUGAGGAGAUGGUUUCCGGCCGAUCAAAAGGCUUCCCUCUCUUCUCGUGCCCUGACAAAAACAAGGUGAACUUCAUUCCCAGAGGCUCCGCCUUCUGCCCCGUCAAACUCCUGUGCUCCUCCCUGUUCUCCCCCAUCGCUCCCUCGCCCUGCUCCUUGGCCAACGACGGCCCGGGGCCUCAGGUGACUCCGACUCUGCCCACCGCACCACUAGCUACCUUUCCGGCCUCCGCCGACUGGAGCACCGACACGAGCACGGGCGUCAACGCAGACGACGGCACAGACGGCCAGAGCCCCGACACGGAUGUGGGGAAAGACGGCUCAGCACAAGUACUCCUCACCAGCUAGUCCUCAGGUAUUCACAGCCAAACCACCUGCAGCUGAAACACUACAGCGGCUCAGGUGGUAUGGCUUUAAAAACAACAAAAAAAACACACAAAAAAUAUCCUUGCACUCCGUUAAUCCUAACGUAAGCCAGCAGGGAGUGCCCAAGGUCUAGAAAUGACAAACACAACGUAGGGUAAUGGUACCAGCAUCCUGCUGCACGAGCUUGAUGGUUAAGUCUGGACAGAAAUGACCAAACUGUGUCCUGGCCUUGGGCACCGCCUCCCUUCACCCAUCGCUAACCUAGCUUUCUCCUCUGUACCGGGACAACACCCAUAGCAAAAAUACCGUUGCUUCCUUUAGCAAAGAGAAAAAGAACUGCUCAGAUAAUCUUGUUAUGUGACACCGGCAGUUUUAUCUAGAAAAUCUUUCACCAGAGACGGCUGUGAGGUAUCAGAGAAACAUCUACUACUCAUGUUAUCUAACCAGCUUAUUGGCUGUUCAGUGUUCAGCGUGCUAACAUCUAAAGUACAUAUACGUAAGCUUUUUGACAGGAUGGGAAAUGCCAGAUUCAUGGAUGUCACAGAGUCACAAUGCAUUGCCCCACGUUAACCACAAUGUUUGCACUUGUUAAGACACGGCUCCCAAUGAUACCGGCCGUGGCCUAUUUCUUUUUUAUUUGUCUGUUUCAAAGUAUUUGUCGUUGUGAAACCAGCAGUUGCUUGAGCGCUCCACCCAACGGGCUAACAAGCCGAGACCUAGAUCUGCUUUUGUAGUCUGAUCACUAUUCAUUAGCUCAUCACUAAAGGCAAAUGACAACUGUUUUUCUGAGACCAAAUAACCAAUCACAAAGCACACAACCCUCCCUUUGCCCUGUGGUAAUGCUCCACACUACACAGAACAAGAACUCAGGUCAUGUGGAAUGUACUUGCUUGGACUAUGUUGCCUUUCCCCAGUGUUUCUGACUUUCCAGUCUAGGGCAGAAUGGUUUUAUUUCCCUGGAGAGGGAGGUUAUUACGGACUGAAUCAACGAUUGGUGUCGCACCUCGCGACGGAUGACCUUUUAGCGUUAACCUGUUCAGGUUUAGAGUUUCAGGUGCUAUGACGCAUUCCAGAGAUCGCUGUUGAAUAGGUCAACCGUGAGUACUCGUGUUAGCGAAGCUAGCUACAUAAGCUACACCCUCCCUAAUUGAGACGUUGACAUACAUGUCAUUUGUUUCUCCCCUUUUUAUUGAAUACGUACCAAAGCAGGCCUGUCACGUAUUUGGGACACAAGAGGCACCGUUUUAGUGCCAGAAGUAGAAUGUUUAUGUGCAUUUUGUUUAGUUGAUAAACAGUUCAGCGCCUUAUAAACACCGGUUCAUAGUGAUUCAAACACAGCCGAUAAUCACUGAACCAAACAUAAGCACUUACUUGGAAGUGAGAUGAUAAUCACUAUUUAUUUUUUAUUUUUUAGACCAAUUUGUAAGUCGAAACAAUCAGAACUUAAGUGUGCAAUUGAUUUUUGUUUGACAUAAAGCUACACUAAGAGUUUUUGUGUAACACAGUUUGGCUCAAUAUACAGAUCCAACGAGAUGCUCCCUGCAUGAGCUGCAUCACCGGAACGUACUAAAAAGUAAAACGUGACUUAUUGAGACCAUGUUGGCGUUGAAUGGGAGAGUUAAACUAGUAAAUGUUUCAUUCCAAAACUUGCACACAGACAAUAAGAACCGUAUGCAAGACAUUCCACACAAAUGAAAAACUCUCCUCUGCUUGCAGCUCUAAGAGUUUCAAUUAAUAAUUCUGAUUAUUUUUAUUCACAAGCACAUUGUGCAGUGCAGAUAUGGUUGCCAUGUUUGGCAAUGAUGAUUCAGUUCUCCUGUGUAUUACGCAUUUAUAUGCAGAUCUUGUGUUUGUUUCUUUUUCUUUUUCAAUAAAGAAAACAAAAAAAAGUCUCUUUGGAUGUUAUAUAAUCUUUUCGAAGGCCAUAGACGGACGCAGCGACGAGUUAAACCAGUAUUCAGAAGCAUUUAUAUACACAUAGGAGUCAAGGUAAGGCAAUCCAUGGAUCUGCUUAUGAUUUAAAUAUUAACAAAUGUCACAUGGCUUCAACAUCAAAAAUAACACAUGGCUAAAUUCCAACAACAUAAAUUCACAAUAAAUAUACUUAAUAAUUAAUCAAUUAAUUAUGAGGUUCUAUAAUGUUUUGUGAUUAGAUUAAGGAGUUUACUCUGAGAGAGAGAGAGGUGUGUAUAUAUAUAUAUAUAUAUAUAUAUAUAUAUUUUUUUUUUUCCUCCAAUUUAUGCAGCAUUGUAGUCAAAAUCAGUUUAACAUGAUUGUAUUAACAUGACAACUUUCCAGUUAUUUUCAUUCUGAAAACUGCAUAUAUUUCACAUGAAAGCCAACAACGGAGCUAAAUAAAUACUAAAAAAUAUAAUACACUGAUUAAAAAUCUCACAUUGAUAUAAAUGCAUUGUUCAUUCAAUCACACUUUUACUGGGUAACAUAAAACAAAGCAUGCAACAUGCACUAAUACACUAAUUAGCAAACGUUUAAAAGCAUAAAUCUUAAGUCAAAUGUGGUGCGACAGUUUCCUAUAAUUCUGAUCAGUGCUCGAAGUCUGUAACAGAUCGAUGGCAGAAAUAUAUCUUGCGUUUAUUUUUGAAUAUUUCUCCGAGGCUGCAGCAACUUUACC